GACGCGAAAUUUGUGGCACACUGAAAGCAUCAAUACUGAGCUCCGUUGUCUUGAGGAAGCAUGGAAUUUUCAGCGUUUCUAGUAUUCGCAGUCUGGACUUCAUCGACGACUUACUUGACGUUUGGUAAAGAGAGAGAGCGCGCGAUGGUGUUUCCAGACUACUACUUCUUUGCUGAAAGACGUUUGGUAAACCAUACCAUUGAUGAAAAACGCGUCAAGAACUUGGAUGACUGUGAACUCUUUUGCUACCUGAACGACGACUGUGUCAGUCUUAACUACAAAAAAGAUCCAGAAAAUGAUAAAACAGGUUACAACUGUCAACUAAAUAACGCCACGCAUCUGAAAUAUGACAGUGACUUGACAACUGAUGCCAAGUUUUAUUAUCGUGGCUCGAAGAACGCUUGUGAUAAGAGUCCCCAGUGCCAAAAUAACGCAACUUGCCAGUCUGGAUUUACAUUCAAGGGAUAUCGAUGCUUGUGUCCUUCUGGAUACAAGGGAGAACAUUGUGAAAAGGAUAUUGAUGAAUGCGAAGGAACCCUUGGAAAAUGCCACAAGGAGGCUGCGUGUAAUAACACACACGGAUCAUAUGUGUGCACAUGCAAACCUGGAUAUAUCGGAGAUGGACAGAAUUGUACAGAUAUUGAUGAAUGCGGCACGAGCCCUGGCAAAUGCCACGAGAAGGCUGCGUGUAAUAAUACACACGGAUCAUAUGUGUGUACAUGUGAACCUGGAUUUAUCGGAGAUGGACAGAAUUGUAUAGACGUUGACGAGUGUAAAGGAAAUCACUCUUGUCACGAGAAUGCAAACUGCACCAACACCAUUGGAUCACAUGAAUGCUACUGUCAGCUUGGAUAUACUGGAAAUGGACAAAAUUGCACAGACAUUGACGAAUGCAGUGAAGCUCAUCCUUUGAAAAUGAACGAAUGUCAUCCGAAUGCCUCUUGUAUUAAUACUCAGGGCUCAUACAACUGCUCUUGUAAUCCCACAUUCAUUGGGAAUGGUUUUGAAUGCAAAGCCGAUCCUUGCCAUCAUUACUCAAACCUGAGUGAAGCCAGUCGAAAUACAAAAACAACACAAUCUGGAGGUUUGUUUUGUGACAACAAACUUCCUAAGGGAUGGUAUCGUUUUGUGGGACAUGCAGGAACAAGAAUGCCAACAGAGCGUGUGCCAGCAUUCAGAUGUGGUACAAAAUGGUCAGGCUGGUUGGUUGAUGCCCAUCCUACAGUGGAAGAUGGUGAAGUUUAUAAGAUGGUCUGCUUUAGCGAUCGCCCUGCUACCGGAGGUUGCAAAUAUAAAAUCAGAAUUUCAGUUAAAAAUUGUGGAUCUCACUUCAUCUACAACCUUCAUCACCCACCUGCUUGUAGCUCGCGCUACUGCGGUACAGACUAA